AUGGGCAAGUCGAGGCGCAACCGCGGCGGCACCGCCCACCGCCGCGACCCCAUCGCCAAGCAGGUCAAGCCGCCCUCGGACCCUGAGCUGGCCGCCCUGCGCGAGUCCAAGAUCCUGCCCGUCCUCGCCGACCUCAAGAACGCCGAUCCCAAGUCGCGCUCCGCCGCCGCUGCCGCCAUCUCCAACAUCAUCCAGGACAGCAAGUGCCGGAAGCUGCUCCUGCGCGAGCAGGUCGUCCACGUCGUCCUGACCCAGACCCUCACAGACGCCGCCCUCGAGAGCCGCGCCGCCGGCUGGGGCAUCCUGCAGGUGUUGGCUCAGGAAGAGGAGGCCGACUUUUGUGUCCAUCUAUUCCGCCAGGAUGUGUUGACGGCAAUUGAGUAUGCGGCAAAGAUGGUCACCGAGAGGCUUCAAUCUACCGCGACCCCUUUCGCCAAGACUCCCAAGGCCGAGCAGGGCUUCAUCGCCAGCAUCGCCGCCUCGCUCGUCUCUCUUUUGACCGCCCUCGCCGAGGCUGGCGACGAGGUGCUCGAGGCUAUCUCGGCCAAUGCCACCGUCUCUCAGUUCCUCUUCCUUCUCAUAUCCCACGACGGCCAUGGACAAGAAGACGGCAUCGCUGGCCUCCGCGUCGACGCCAUGGCCUGUCUCAUGAUCCUCUGUGAGGACAACGCGGCUCUGGCCGAGAAGCUCGUCACCUCCGAGCAUGAUCGGUGCCUCAAAGCGCUGCUGGCACUGAAAGACGACACCAACAGCGACGGCGUCCUCGCUUGCGCCACCCUCCACAACAUAUUCGCCUCGCUGAAUGGCUUAAGAAACGCACCCCAGGUGCCCGAGGCGGACGACUCUCUAUUAAUACCGACUCUCACGAAGACCAUCGCGGCCAUCACUCAGGGGCAGGCAGCGACCAACGGUAACGGGUGGUCAAGUCCCGUCGAACAGCAGCAGCUGGCGCUCGAGACCCUGGCAUCCAUCGGCACGACCCUCAACGCCGCCAUGGCCGGCCCGCCCCCGCGAAAGGAACGAGACGAGGCGCCCAGGGAGGACGACGAGGACAUGGGCGACGCCGACGCUGACGCCGGUGACGCCGAUGAAGACGAAGGUGCGGAGGACAACGAGGCUGAAGGCGACGAGGACGAUGAGAUGGACCAGGACGAGAUGGAGGCCGACAUGGACAUGGUCACGGGCGUCGACGGUGACGACGACGACAUCAACGACCUCCCCGUUCUCAAAGCCCUGCUCCAGACCGCCAUGCCCGAACUCAUCCGCGUCGCCUGCCUCCAGCCCUCCAGCGACGAGACGAUGCGGCUGCAGGGCCACGCCCUCUCGGCCCUCAACAACAUCGCCUGGUCCGUCUCCCUCAUCGACUUCUCCGAGGACCAGAACGAGGGCAUCCAAAAGGCCUGGGCCCCCGUCGGCCGCUCCCUCUGGGAGCGCGUCAUCUCCCCCAUCCUCGCCACCGACACGGCCGACGUCGGCCUCGCCACGCAGGUCACCUCGCUCGCCUGGGCCGUCGCCCGCAGCCUCGGCGGCAGCACGCCCCUCAAGGCCGACGAGCACCGCAAGUUCAUCGCCCUCUACCAGGCGACCAAGGGCCUGGUCGCCACUGCCGACGACGACGACGACAACGACGACCCAUUCCAGAGCCUCGGCGUCAAGUGCGUCGGCGUCCUCGGCCAGCUCGCCCUGCACCCUGCGCCCGUCGACCGCAACCGUGAGGUUGGCACCUUCCUCGUCACCCUGCUCGCCGGCCUGCCCGACGGAGCUGGCGCUGGCGCCGGUGCCGGUGCCACACCCCCGGCCGACGCCGUCGAGGCGCUCAACCAGCUCUUCGACGUCUACGGCGACGAGACGUACCCCUACGACCGCGACGUGUUCUGGCGCGGCAACUUCCUCUCCCACCUCGAGGCCGCCGUGCCCAAGGUCCGCGCCCUCAUCAAGUCCAUCGACAAGAAGACGCACGCCGAGCUGAGGACCCGCGCGGACGAGGCGUCCCUCAACCUGACCCGCUUCCUGGCGUACAAGAAGAAGCACAAGCCGUGA